GCUUCCGUCACCACUGCCCCCACUAACCUCGACCGUAUCACCACCCAGUAACAUCUUCUCCUAUCCUUCUCCUCCAGGCUACCCUUCCAGCAAUUGCCGUCCUCACUAGACUCACGAGUGCCGGCCAGAUUGGCCUGGCGCCCCUCAGCCUCGCGCCGCCACCAAGUCAACUCAGAUCGCACUUCCCCUCGCUUGCUAUCUCCCCCGACGAUCCAUCCGGGCGCUCGAGUCAUACGUAGCAUCCCCAUCAGCACACCUACCACACGUAACAGCAUCAAACAUGAUCACUCCCUCUUCUUCAUCAUACGGUGCUGCUCGCGGUUCGUCGAUGGCCCGGCGAGCUGAGCUCGAUGCUGCUUUUGGUGAGGAAGAUCACGCCUUUGCCUCCAGAGCAGCCGACGGUCCUCCCGGCUAUGACGCCACUGAGUCUCGCGAAGCCUCUCAAAACGGCAAUGCUACAUCGGACGUCUUCUUCGACGCUGGUGACGCCAUGGGAGAAGAGCCUACCCGGCCGACACCGUCGCAGAACAGCGUUCAUGAUCCUCUGGGGGCGUCUGGGGGAGAUAACGACGACGGAGAAGACAGUCUGGAUGAUGCUACUGCUCACCUCAAUUCGUCACGAUCUCAACGUCCGGCCAAUCUAAGCAGGACCAUCAGUGGUACAUCACAGCGUGGAUACGACUUCGAGAGGCCUUCUCACUUUGGCGCCAACCGGUCUCGCUCCUCCUCCACCGCCAUUAAUGCUUCGAAUGCGACAUCGGCUUCUCCCUACGGUGCAGGAGGCGACGCUAGUACUAGUCGUACCGCCUUGAAUUCCUCUGCACCCUCCAGCAGCUCAUUUCAGGCAUCUUCGGAUGCUAGUGGCAUGGCAAGAGCCCGGCUCUAUCUCGGCCGCUUUGGGCGCUUUGUAGGAAUGCGGGUUCCGGGCGCAGCAUACUCGAGCCUUGCCCAGGCGGAGGCCAACGGCGAGCAAAACCCAAGACGGCGAGUUAUGGGUGGAGGUCUCGGUCAAGAUGGUGUCUUUGCCAAUCUCAAUGCUAAGCCAGAGACCCGCAGACGGCGGGCAAACAAUGGAGGCUCUGAGGACCGUGGAGAGGACGAUGAUUUGGCCGACGACGUCCUCCCGCCCACUUACGAGAUAGCAGCUGCCGACGCUGCCCCUGGCUACUGGGAGACCACAAUUGCUCCUGGUGGUCUGGGAUGGACUCCCGGCGGUGGCAACGUCGGAGACUUGGAAGAUCUCAUUCUGGAAGGCUUGCCGAUCGGUAAUGUCUUUGGCUUUGCUUGGAAUCUCCUCGUCUCAGUGUGCUUCCAAUUCGUCGGGUUCCUCCUGACUUAUCUUCUGCACACCACCCACGCUGCUCGAUGCGGCUCUCGAGCUGGCCUAGGAAUCACGCUCCUUCAGUACGGCUUCUAUCUACGGACGAGAGCUUUGCAACUGGAGGAGGGCAACGAUGGCAAUACAGGUGGAAGCGGAAGCGGAAACGGCAACAACAAUGGGGCCGACCCGUCUCCAUCCACAGACUGGUUUGGUAACAGCAGAGCUAUCAAUGCAGGGAAUGCGGCGAAUGCCACUGCCUCUGCCGAUGGUGAAACAGUGACAGCGUUUGGCUCAAACGGAGGGAACACUUCAGGCGAGCUGAACACUGAUACAAGCGAAUGGCUUGCUUACGCUCUCAUGAUCAUUGGAUGGCUCAUCCUACUGUCCUCGGUCCUAUCCUACUUCCGGAUCCACCGAUGGGGACGAGCACUCAUUGCUGCCUCUAGGAGGGAGCAGGAGAGCACUCGCGCGGCCGAGAACGGCGGCCAGGCCCCGGAGGCGACCGAAGAGAGCAAUGCUCCGAUUGGAUUCAUUCACCGUCUGAGGACUGUCAUGGGCCCACCAGCCUACAGAAACGCCGGCAGGAGUACUGGAACCGGAGAGGAUUGGGUCAUCUACCCAGGGGCAGCAGCCGGGGCGGGAUCUGCAGGUCCGGCGAGUGCAACAAGUCCUCGUCCUGUAACUGCAGCCGGUGGUGUCUCCACUUCCAUCUGGGGCGCUCCUCCGAGGGCCGGGACACUCGCUUACCCCGCCGUGGGCAUGGACGAGGAGCAAGAAGAUGGCGCGGAAGAAGAGGAGGGCGAGCACCUCUCGCCUGAAGAGCAGCGCUUGAUGAGCAAUAUGAGGAGGGCAGGACUGUUGUGAUUAUACUCUUGUUCCACGUUGCCGUGAUACAUCUCCUGUCGUUCUGCUUUCCACUUGUUCAUAUCACUCCAUGACAUCCUUAUCGGCUACUCGCGACCCGAGCCGGAACAAGUCUGCUGCCCUUGCUCCACUUGAUUU